AUGGUAAGAUGUUGUUUGGUUGUUUUAGUCCUCGGAUAUGCAUUCUCAAGUAUUGUGGCGGAGCAUGAACACAAUAAGGGUGUUAUUGAAAAGCCAUAUCCCCAGGUAGCAUAUCAUCCGAAUGGAGCUAAUGAAAAGGUUGGAGUGAAAGGAACGCAUGUAGAAGCAGAUGGCUUAUCUCUUAGAAGACACACCGAUGAGGGUGGGCUUGUGGCAUUUCUUGAGCCAAAUCCACAUGAAGAAUGGAGUUUUUCAUAUACAUUUACAAACGCAGCACUAAGGUUUCCACAUAUUGGAGGUGUUUAUCUAUGGUAUACAUCUGAGAUUCCAGACCAAGGCGAGUACAAGGGUGGAAACGACAAGUUUGAUGGCAUAAUGGCGGGGCUUGAAUUUAGAGGUGCACAACCAGAGAUAGUGAUGGCAUUCAAUAAUGGCGAAGAAAGCCUGAAAGGAUCUGAGGAUAUGAAUCUACACAGAGAUGUAAUAAAUCCAGCAAGGCUUAGAGGAGUAAAUGAUAUAACAGUGAAGGUGAUAUCCACAAAAAAGAACUUCAAGGUGGAAUUGUAUGACGGAGAUAGGCUACUUUACGACAGCUUCAGAUAUCAUGGAAAUGGCAACUCAAUAAAGAUAGGCUCUGGAAAGUAUUUCAACAUCACAUCAUUUUAUGACCGAGCACCUUCAAAUAGUGUGUACAAGCUACGAAAUGCAGAGCUCUUUGAAAGGAUAGAAACCGAUGAAUAUACGAUCCAUGCGAUUCAUGCACCGUAUGUAAAUGAAGGUCCACGAUCACCAGACAGUGUUAUGCAUGAAGAAGAGGAGAUAAGACAUCUUGUAUCCAAGACCGAAUAUCUGCAUAACUAUCUUCAGCUGAUUAUUGGAGACAUAAACGACACAUCAUUUGACAAGAUAUUGCAUACUCUUCAUGAGCAGCAAAAGCAGGUUAUGAAAAAGAUGGAUGAAAUUACAGCAUCAUCAGGUAAAUCAGGCACAGUGGACACAAAACUGAUGUCAUUAUCUGAGAAUAUGAACAGCAUUGACAUUCGAAUCCAGAAGAUUCAGAAAGCAUUUGCGGAUCUUGAUCAUAUUGUAAACAAGUUAAGUGACAACCACAACAAGAGUUCAAACUUUCUGGUUUAUGUGAUUCUUGGAAUAGCAAUGGCAGGAUUUGUAUUUGCAGCGGUCAAGGAGUACAAUGCACUGAGAAUCAGGCAGAAGGCUAUUUGA